UUCCAUUGGUGGUGGUUGUGCUAUUUUGUCAUAUUGAAAUAUUAAUAUUGGAUAACAAUGAACAUUCUUAGUUCAAUUAAAGGGCUAUUACUAUUAACAUCGAGUGAUAAUGCAUUGUUAUAAUCUACUAUCCGCGUUCGCCCCCCUUUAUAAGUCAACAUUCGAGCAAUCAAUGCAGCUAACUUGAACGUUGUUGAGUUAGAUCAAUGACGUCCAGUCAUAGACCGGUAACCUUGGCUCCUUGUUAUAAAACAAAUUUAAUUGUCAAAAGUAUAAAUGUCUUUUGCAACAGUAUCUUAGUGAACGUGUAAAUAUUAAUGUAUGUAGUGCGUGGUUCUUACUAAAAAAAGUGUUUAGUGGAAAUUUUGCGAUGCCGGACAGUCGCCUUGAUCCCGACAACAGAUCUCCUCGAGAGAGCGGUGAGGAUUCCGAGGAUGAAAGCGAAAUCCUAGAGGAGAGCCCCUGUGGAAGGUGGCUUAAGCGACGGGAAGAGGUGGACCAGCGCGACGUGCCCGGCAUUGACUGCGCUCAUCUCGCGAUGGACACCGAGGAAGGGGUCGAGGUCGUCUGGAACGAGGUGCUGUUCUCCGAAAGGAAGUCCUUUCGCAAACAGGAGGAGAAGAUCCGGACAGUCUUCGAGAAUCUCACGCUGCUCGCCCACCCGAAUAUUGUCAACUUCCAUCGGUAUUGGACGGACACGCACAACGAACGACCUAGGGUUAUAUUCAUAACGGAAUACAUGUCCUCUGGUUCGUUAAAACAAUUCCUGAAAAGAACGAAGAGGAACGUCAAGCGAUUACCACUGCCAGCAUGGAAGCGUUGGUGUACACAGAUACUUUCUGCCCUCAGUUACUUGCAUUCCUGUUCACCGCCAAUUAUACAUGGCAAUCUAUCCUGUGAUACAAUAUUUAUUCAACACAACGGCUUGGUCAAGAUUGGAUCAGUCGCCCCGGAUUCGAUCAAUGAUCAUGUCAAAACAUGCAGGGAGCGAUUAAAAAAUAUCCACUUCGUUGCACCUGAAUUAGGAGAUCCUACUCAAGCGACAGAUGUAUUCGCUUUCGGAAUGUGCGCGCUCGAAAUGGCCGCUCUGGAAAUACAGGGCAAUGGUGAUGUGCCAACUUCAUCAAACUCAUCUUCAACUGGGUCGUCAACGACAGACCCUGCAAUCGUUAAUGAUGAGAAUAUUAGGCGAACAAUAGACACAUUAGAUGACCCUUUACAAAGGGAUUUUAUAGCAAAAUGUCUUGCAUCCGAUCCAGCGAUGAGGCCUUCCGCUCGAGAACUCCUUUUCCACCCACUUUUAUUUGAAGUGCAUUCACUGAAGCUGCUGGCAGCUCAUGUGCUCGUCAAUACUUCUGGUUCAUCCGAAAGUAUAAUGGAUGAUGUUGUACAAAGGUUAUAUGGUCCAGAUACAGUAAUGGCCGAAAUCCAUUCAAAAGGUGGAGAAUCAAAACAGUGGAAAAUAUCUGAUGUGCCUAUAGCGGAAAAGUUAGAAAAAUUUGUUGAAGAUGUCAGAUACGGCAUUUACCCCCUGACGGCGUUCAUUUCGCGCACGCCGCCGCUACAGCAGCGAGGGCGAGCUAUUUCUCCUGAAGCAGCUGAUUCGGUUAAGUCUGUGACUCCAGAGCCGCUUGAUGUCGAAAUGAGGCGCAUUGUCAAUAUGAUAUGCAACGUCAAGCCCAAGGAAGAUGGCUGUGAUCUCUUGAUGACAUUAUUAUUACGAAUGGAUGAUAAAAUGAACAGACAAUUGACUUGUCAAAUUUCAUCUGAUGAUACAGCUUUAAUGCUCUCUCAAGAGUUAGUACAUUUAGGAUUCAUACAUGAAACGGAUCAAGAUAAAGUCACAUCACUCAUCGAAGAUGCAUUGCGGAGUUGUGGAGCAUCAAAUGCAAUUAGUAAAUCACCUAUAGAAGAGAAAAACGAGCCUCCAUUACUAGUUCCCACAACGAGUUCACAGACAGCUGUACAUUCGGCCAGUUAGUAAUGGUGUAAACUUAGUUUUCUAUACUUUUGUAUAAACGCUAGGAUACGGAAUAUUUACAACUCCGGAAUUAUAUUGAUGAAUAUUUCAUAUUUCUUUAGUUUUUAUAUGAGUAGUACCAGCGCAAUACGACUUUGACCCCCGGGACUAUAUAUAUAUAAGCUGUAGAUUUUCGGUAGUGUUUACAUAUAAGAAAGAGUAGGGUUGGCAAUUGUAGAAUUGCAGGUAUUGCUAGAACGGUGAGCAGUGAAAAUAUGGUGAUACAUAUAUUUAAAAGUUAUGGUAUACCAACUAACAGUCCAAUAUGUUUACCACAUAUAGCAAUAUCACCCGAAUGAAACGCUUUUAUAUAGUUUUUUAAAUUUCUUAAUAAUAUGUAAUUAUAUAAAUCUUGUAAUACAUUUUUAAUAUUUUAUUAAUUAAGAUUCAUAUUCUACAAGUCCAUUCGUGGAGAUUAUGCAACUAAAUAUGUGCAUUAAGUAAUGUUAGUUACAUUAUACAUAUAUAUUUUUCAGCGAGGUAAAUUCCAGUUUUAUUUGAUCAGAAUUAAAUAGUAUUACUGAAAAAUGUCAUUUACAAAUGCCUUUUUAUGUC